AGCUGUAGUGGCUAAAUGGAAUGCAGUGUUGCAGACAUCCCUGCUACAAAAUUGGACUCUGGAGUUGGCUGUAGUCUUAACUACCUAAAUCGCAAGCCAUGGGGAAAGGCCUCUUCAUCAGCAAAGCAGUGGCAGUGACCUGUGUGGUCGCAGCCAUCGGCGCUGCGGCAACCAUCAUAGCACUGUCCGUGGUUUACGCUCAGGAGAAGUCAAAGAAUGAAGUGACUCCAUCCACCGCCAGCCCCAACACCAGCCCUAACACCAGCCCUAACACCAGCCCCACCACGCCCUCCACCCCGAAGGAGCCCUGGCAGCGGUACAGACUCCCAGACUCUCUCGCUCCCGUCUCCUACAAUGUCACCCUGUGGCCCCGGCUGGUGCCCAACGCAGGCAAUCUGUACAUCUUCAGUGGACACUCCACGGUGAUCUUCAAAUGUGUGAAGGAAACCGACCUCAUCAUCAUUCACUCCAACAAGCUUAACCUAACCUCCUUCGAGGGAUACCAUGCCAAGCUGACUGGCCUCAACGGAGCUACCGCACCCGGCUUGAAAGAAACCUGGCUGGAGUUUCCCACCCAGUACCUGGUGGUCAAACUGAAAAGUCCGCUGCAAGCCGACAGCACAUACGAGCUGUUCACCGAGUUCCUUGGAGAGCUGGCCGAUGACCUGGGAGGAUUCUACAGGAGUGAAUACAUGGAGGAUGGGGUGAAAAAAGUUGUGGCCACAACUCAAAUGCAGCCAACGGAUGCCAGGAAAGCCUUCCCAUGCUUCGAUGAGCCCGCUAUGAAAGCUGUCUUCCACAUGACUCUCAUUCACCCCCAUGACACUGUGGCUCUGUCCAACUCCAUGAACUACAACCCUGUUAACAUCACUAUGGAAGGACAGAAGUUAAUCCAGACAAGCUUCCAGCCAACAGAGAUUAUGUCAACCUACUUGUUAGCUUUCGUUGUGUCUGAUUUUACGUUCAUUACGAACACUCCGCAGGAAGACAUUUUGAUCAGGAUCUGGGCUCGCAGGAAGGCUAUAGACGAGGGCCAGGGGAACUAUGCCCUGGAGAAGACUGGGCCCAUAUUGGCAUUCUUUGAGAAAUACUACAACUCUUCAUACCCCCUGACCAAGUCAGACCAGAUCGCGCUUCCUGACUUCAGCGCUGGAGCCAUGGAGAACUGGGGCCUGAUCACCUACAGAGAAACCGCCCUCUUAUAUAACCAUGGCGUGUCAUCCAAUGGAGACAAGGAGUGGGUGGCAACAGUCAUCUCCCACGAGCUCGCUCAUAUGUGGUUUGGGAACUUGGUGACCACACGGUGGUGGAAUGACCUUUGGCUCAACGAGGGGUUUGCCACCUACGUCUCUUAUCUUGGAGCCAACUAUGCCGAGCCAACUUGGAAUAUGAAAGAUUUAAUAGUUCUGAAUCAGAUCGUUGGUGUGAUGGCCGUUGAUGCCUUGGCCUCCUCCCACCCCCUCUCAUCCAAAGAGGAGGACAUCCUCAAGCCAGAGGACAUCAGUCAACUGUUUGACUCCAUCACAUACAGCAAGGGAGCUGCUGUCCUCAGGAUGCUCUCAGAGUUCAUCACUGAAACCGUCUUUUCACAAGGACUGCAUACAUACUUGGAGGAGUUCAAGUAUAAGAACACAGUCUACACAGACCUCUGGAAGCACCUGCAAAUGGCAGUGGACAAAGCAGGCAUCAAGCUGCCCAACUCCGUCGAGGUCAUCAUGAACCGGUGGAUCCUCCAGAUGGGGUUCCCGGUGGUCACCAUCAACACCCAGACUGGAAAAAUUACCCAGAAACACUUCUUGUUGGACCCAGACUCUGUAGUGGACAGACCCUCAGAGUUCAAUUAUGAGUGGUUUGUCCCCAUCACGUGGAUUAAGACUGGAGGAGACGAGCAGCAGUACUGGCUUCUAGACAAAGAGGCUACAAACGCAAACAUGACUCUUGGUGCUAAUGAUUGGCUGGUGGCCAACAUAGACAUGAAGGGCUUCUACCGAGUCAACUACGACUCCGACAACUGGGAGCGUCUCCUCGCCAAGCUGAGCUCCCGACAUCAGGACAUCCCAGUGAUCAACCGAGCUCAACUUAUCAAUGAUGCUUUUAACCUUGCAAGGGCAAAGAUAGUGGACACAACUCUGGCUCUGAGGACGACCAAGUUCCUUGAUAAAGAGGUCGAAUACAUGCCCUGGGAGACAGCCAGGCGCAACUUGAACUACUUCUUCCUGAUGUUUGACCGCAGCGAAGUGUAUGGGCCCAUGCAGGCUUACCUGAAGAAACAGGUCACCCCACUGUUUAUGUACUUCAAAGACAUCACUUUCAACUGGACAACGGUCCCUGAAAAGCACACCGACCAGUACAACCAGGUGAAUGCAAUCUCCAUGGGCUGCAGCACUGGAGUGGAGGGCUGUAAAGAGCUGACCACCGGCUGGUUCAAAGAGUGGAUGAAAUCUCCAACUAACAACACAAUUAGUCCCAACCUGAAGUAUACAGUGUACUGCAGUGCGAUCGCAGCGGGAGGGGUGGACGAGUGGGACUUCGCUUGGAAAAUGUUCAAGAACGUCACCAUCGCUUCGGAGGCUGAAAAAAUCAUGUCGGCUCUUGCCUGCACCAAACAGCCCUGGCUGCUGAAAAGGUAUCUGGAGUAUUGUCUGGACCCGGAGAAGAUCCGUAAACAGGACGCCAGUUCCACCAUCAUUUCCAUUGCAAACAACCCCAUCGGUCAACCUCUGGCAUGGGACUUUGUCAGAAGCAAAUGGAGCUAUAUAUUCAAUGAAUAUGGUGGCGGAUCGUUUUCCUUUGGAGGACUAAUUAGCGGACUGACCAAACGAUUCUCCUCUGAGUUUGAGUACAAGCAGUUGCUGCAGUUCAAAGAAGACAACGUCGGGCAGUUCGGCUCGGCCACCACGUCUAUCGAGCAGGCGCUGGAGAGUACCAAGGCCAACAUCAACUGGGUGGCCAUGAACAAGGAUCAGGUGUUUAAAUGGUUCACCAAUGAGACUUCUUCUCCAGUUUAACACAAAUGCAGAUUGUUUAACUGACUUUUACCAAAUGAGUUAUUAUAAAUGAUGUUUUUAUUAAAACAUUUUAUGUAAAGU